AUGGUACGUCGAUGUAUUAUCUGUAAGGAUUCAAAGCAGAAUUCGAUAUUUCGGCGUUUUCCUGUAAAUCUGGACAACAAUAAGCCUGACUGGAAAAAAAAAAGGAUAAGGCCAGAUGCUGAACCCAGGCUUGCUGCGUUCAAAGAUCCAUCAUCUUUUAGUUCGGACUCUACCCUUGUUGAAUCACCUGACAGAAACCCGCAGGAAAUCUCUUCUAUUCAAAACCUUUGGAUGAUAAUUUUGAAACUCUCGUGGAGCAGCCCAGUGGGUCUGAAAUCAUUAUUUUGCAGUCUGACAGAAAUAUGGCAGGCCCCUCAAGCAGCCCAGUGA